AUGGCUUCCACAGCUGCCAAUACAGAUUUCGUAUCAUCUACUUCUCAAACCUCUGUACCUGUUUGGGAAAAACCAUCUAGUCCCUAUUUUUUGCAUAGUAGCGAGAAUCCUGGCUUGAUUCUGGUUAAUUGGCCUUUUAUUGAAGAGAACUAUGCUACUUGGAGCCGAGCUAUCAUUUAUGCUCUUGAUUCCAAGAACAAGAUAGAUUUCGUUGAUGGCACCAUUAAAGCUCCAACAAGUUCUUCAGAUCCAAUUUUCCCUACUUGGAAGAAAUGCAACAUAAUGGUUCUCUCUUGGUUGAUGAAUUCGAUGUCUAAGGAUCUGAUUUCAAGUGUGAUUUACUUGAAUACUGCACAAGAAGUUUGGAUAGACCUCAAGAAUCGAUUCUCUCAGAGCAAUGGCCUUAGGGUUCUUGAACUUCGAAGAAUGGUGAGUACUCUCUCUCUGGAUAAUCUCUCUGUGAGUAGUUAUUACACAAGGUUCAAGGUAUUCUGGGAUGAAUUGGUUAAUUAUAAGCCAAUUCCCUCAUGUUCUUGUGGUAUUGCACCUGUGGUUCAAUGGCUGCUUGGGUUAAGUAUCAAGAAGAAGAGCGUACUAUGA